GCGCCAUGGCGCCGUUGCCGCGGCGACGCGCCGCCAUUUUACCCCCCCCCCCGGGUCGGCACCGGCCGGCCCGGGCGGGCUCGGAGGGAGGAGGCCGAGCCCGGUACAGCCCCAAAACACGGGAGCUGCUGCGAGGGACGCGGGGAGCCCUCUGGGGCCCUGUUUUUACACAUAAACUCUGUUUUCCAGCCAUGAUGGAGGAGUCGAAGCUGACGAGCUUCCAGAGGCGAUGCCUGAUGGAGUGCCUGGAACGGGGAGAUGCCCUGCCCCUCCAGUGCCACCCCACAUCCAGCAAACAACCAGCGCCCGUGCCGCCUGCUUCCUCCCCGCCGCUCUGUCAGCCGAGCAGGCUUUCAGCUAAACCGCAUCUUCGGCCUGCCAAGGUCUGCCAGGCAGGAGAUGCUUACACCCGAGAGAAGUUCAAGCCACGAGCAAGGAGAGAUUUGGAAAGGGAGAAGCAAAGGCUCCAAAGUAUCUUAGCGACUGGGAAGGAUGUGGUGGAACAGCAAGUGAAGCAGACGCUUGUUCAGACAAAGGAAGAGAAGAUAACUGAGACUGACCGCUUUGAAGAACUGGUGAAUGAAGUUCGGGAGAGGCAGGAGUUCCUGGCAGAGAUGGAAGCUCUAGGACAGGGCAAGAAGUAUCAGAGAAUUAUCCUCACUGAAAUCUCCCAGAAAAUGCGCGAGAUGGAGAUCAUUGACAAGAAGAGAAGUGAGGAAGUGAGAGAGACCAUGACAAAAGACUUUCCUGCUGGGAACAAAUCUGAUUCCCAUGACUAGGCCGAGGGAAAAUCGCAAAUGCAAUUUGUUCCCACCUCUUCUCCCACACCCCUGGCACUGGAGUCUCAAGGGCUGGCCUGUGCCUGCCUUUCUCUCAGUGGUUCCCCUGAAGAGGGAGCAGUACCACCUGUUGCCUGAAGCCAGAAGGCAGGAACAGUUUGUUCACAGCUCGUAACAGAAGCAAGCUGUUGUAAAGUCCUACCCAUGCACCAGAUCCCUUCUUGCUCAACAAUAUUAAAAAGAUGAAAACGCACAGCAGCGGCUAUUAAAACAUGACAAAGCCUUUCGGUUAUGCAAUGCCUCCGAGUACAGCGCUCCACACAGCUCCAAAUGUCAUUCCUUCUCCUGCAUCUCCCCAGAGGUGGAGGUUUCUUGCGGCAGCAUGGCACUAACGUGUCACCGCCCGCAUCCAGCACCCGCUCCAGCCCGCACAGCUCCGGGAACGGCUGCGCUGGCAGAUGGCGAGGAGGAAGAUGCAGCCGCCUGGCCUUGCGCAAGCACGAGCCUCCAACAUUACAGCAGGUGAAUGGAAGUCACGGAGUUAGUACAGCGUAAUUUACAAAUCAAGGUUCUGACCGGGCACAGGGCCAAGGGGUGUCAGGCUGCGGCGAUCCUGACGGCCUUUGGCAACGGCGACGCGACAGCAGGCUCUAAAACGGACGCGUUUCUCCGCGGAGAAGAGUUGUGCUUUGGGUUCUCCCCUCCCCUACCACUGCUCCUGAUCAGCCCGCUGAGGUGUGGCAGGAGUGGCACGGCAUCUGGGGGGAGCGGGGGGGGGGGUGUUUCCAGAAUGCUACGCCAGCCGCGUUGCAAGGCACUGCUCUGAGUGUUUUGGCUGAAGCCUGCUGUAUUUUUGGAAGGGGGCGCAGCGGUUUGUUCGGGGCUGACAUGACUGAUUUGCUAACGGGAAGGCGUGACGAACAGCUGACCAACCAAACACCCGUGAAACAAAACGUCUAAUUCAGACCGAUCGCACGACUCAAUAAAUAGCUCCUCGCCUUGGAGGAGAAGGCAGGAAACAGAAAUGGAAGGAAGAAGGGAUGGGUGGAAGAAUACUCUCCACCCAUUCCCUCCCCUGAUGUACACACACGCACGCAUACAACAAAUAAAAUAGGGAUUUAAAAAGUUUCAGGGCGGGUUUGGAUUCACGUAGUAAAGGAGGUGUAAAAAAAAAAA